UUUUUGUUGUCAUUUUUUUGAAGCAUGUGUUAAGUUGUUUAGUUGUUGAGUUAAUAAAUAUUAGCUAAUAUUAGUUAGUAAAUUUAUUGUUGUUUAUUUUUCUAAUGGACUCAAUUGACUUGAGCACUGGGGAUGAGCCUGUAAUGAAGGGAAAUGCCGACACUAACAAUGACAGUCCUUCCAUUGCACGAGCUUCUGUCUUUCAAAAGACUCAAUUGCAGGAGGAAGACAAAAAUCUAUUUACACACAAAGUUAAUGGAUUUAAUUUUGAUAAUGGUAUUGAUUAUCAUGGAUUAUUGCAAUCUUUCCGAACAACUGGAUUCCAAGCUACUAAUGUAUCAAUGGCAAUCGAUAUAAUCAAUGAAAUGUGGUUAUCAAGGCGAGAACAAUUUGCUGAAGAUUUUAAAGAAGAGGACCAAUUCAUUCAGAGACGGAGUGGAUGCACAAUUUUUUUAGGCUAUACCUCAAAUAUUGUUUCGUCUGGACUCAGAGAUAUUAUUAGAUUCUUGGUGCAGCAUAAAAUGGUGGAUUGUAUUGUUACUACGGCUGGUGGUAUCGAAGAAGAUUUAAUCAAAUGCUUAGCGCCAUUCUAUCUUGGAGACUUUAACUUGAAAGGUAGUGAUUUGCGAGAAAAGGGCAUAAAUAGAAUAGGAAAUCUUUUAGUGCCCAAUGAAAACUACUGUAAAUUUGAAGAUUGGAUUAUCCCGAUUUUGAGUGAAAUGUUGAAGGAACAACAGGAAAACGGGAUGCACUGGACUCCAUCAAAAAUAAUUAACAGAUUAGGUGAAAAAAUUAAUAAUAAACAAUCUAUUUAUUACUGGGCUGCUGUCAACAAGAUUCCUGUCUUUUGUCCUGGAUUGACUGAUGGUUCCCUCGGCGAUAUGGUAUAUUUUCACUCAUUCAAGGAAUCUGGCUUAAUAAUUGACAUUGCCGCAGAUAUCAGGCGAAUAAAUACAAUCGCUGUUAAAGCGCAAAAAUCGGGAAUGGUUAUAAUUGGAGGAGGAAUUAUUAAGCAUCACAUUUGUAACGCAAAUCUAAUGAGAAAUGGUGCGGAUUAUUCUGUUUUUAUCAAUACAGCUAAUGAAUUUGAUGGCAGUGAUGCAGGAGCAAGACCCGACGAAGCUGUCUCCUGGGGAAAAAUAAAAUCUAAUGCUAAAUCAGUCAAAGUUAAUUGUGACGCUACCAUAGUAUUUCCCUUGAUUGUCGCUGAAACAUUUGCCCGUUUUGUUCACAGCAGGGCUUGUAAAUCUUCGGAAGUUUAAUUUAUUGUUUCAAAUAUAAUCUUUUUUAUCCAUAAUAUCUUUUUCAGAGAUUCAAAAAUUGUUUCACUCUCAUCUUAAAGAAGAUUUGAAAAUAUUAAACACUGCUCAUUUUAUUUAUA